AUGUUCCGUCAAUCCAUGGCGUUUCCUCCGCCGAUUAAUGGCUCCGAUGCGCCACCGCAGCAGCAGCAGUCAUCUCAGCAGCCGCCGCCGGUGGUUAACGUGAGCGAGAGCUCUAGACGGCUACAGAUUGCAGCUGCUUCUUCUUCCUCUCCGGUGAAAUCUCAUCCGCUUCACAAUUUCCCGCUUUCUGAUCUGAGGUGGGCAAUGAAUCACACCAAUACACAUCGGCUUCGGAAAGCAUCCGGUAGAUCUCCACUUCGUGAAGCUAAUUCCGGGAAAGGGAAUCUGGUGAUGGAGGAAGCAUCCGGUUCUUCACCUAUUGAAUUGAGACCGGAGAAGAAGAAGGGAAUCGCGGCUGGUGUUAGUGAUUCCGCCGCAGAUCGAUCCGGGACGAAGUCAACGUCGGCGGAUGGUAGAUCGAAGAUCUUCAUCCGGAUCCGCACGAAGAACAACGAAGAAGCAGCUGAUGUCGCCACCGAAGUCUCUGCCCCAGCGACUGAUAUCGCCACCGCUACCGCUACCGCCGUCGCCGGUAUCCAGGAGCCUGAUGAUUCAGGCGAGCCGGCGAUCGAUGCUGAUGUAUCGAUUGGUGAACGGAUCUCCGACGGCGGUGGUCAGGAAGCAGACGAGUUUGGUCCGAAGACUUGGAAUCUGAGGCCGAGGAAACCACCGCCGACGAAGAAGCGUUCAGCUGGAAACAACGGCGGCGGCGGGAUAUUGAAGAGCUGUAGCGAUUCAUUUCAGGAGAACAAAGCUCAGGGAACGAUUCGGACGGAGGCAAUUCGGGCGAGGAUCGGUGUGGAUGCGAAGAUGGCGACGAUGACAGAGAGAAAGGAGAAGAAACCGAGGCUGACGAUUUCGCUCUCGAAGAUGGAGAUAGAUGAGGAUAUCUACUCGUUGACCGGAUCAAAACCUAGCAGACGACCGAAGAAGAGAGCCAAGAACGUCCAGAAGCAGCUCGAUGUUCUGUUCCCGGGUUUGUGGAUGGGUAACGUUUCUUCGGACGCCUACAAGGUCUCAGAUCAUGCUUGA